GUCAGACUGAACACGCAAUAGUUUAAGAUUGCUGCACUUUUUAACUAAUGUCAGACAGGAAAGGGAAGGUCCACGCUCAGCGGCUCCAUUGUUCGUGCGUGGGUGCGGUCUAGCAGGGCAGGGCAAGGUGCGCGUUCCGACCUGAGCCGACGCACCGCACCGCACCGCACCGCACACACUCCGCAGCGCGCGGGCUUCCCGGACGCACGCACGCACGGACAGACCAUGGCGAGCAGAGAUCCGCUGAAGACCGUCUUGUCCUUCGGCUCCGUGGACGACACGUCGCUGGCGCUGCCGUCCGUCAACCAGCUGAGCGGCGGGCAGCAGCGCGUCAAGGAGCAAGUGCAGAGCGUGAGGAGGACCAAGUCCAGACACCUGAGCAGCAGGAGCGGAUCCGCGUCCUUAUCCCCGACAAGCCCUUCGUACGAGUCGGUGUUUGGGGAAACGUUGAGGUCACAGUCCGGAGCAUCUAAUGGAAGCAUCUUCUUUGGGAACGGCUUCUCGAAAGCUCUGAACCUGGAGAGGAGCGCCAACCGGCAAAUAGGCAACAAAUACAUGGGCUCCAGGGUGCAGAGCAACACGACGGCCUCCGCCUUGCACUACAGGAGGAGCUACGCCCCCGCCGUCUCCACGGCAACCGUUCGCAGGAACACCAGCCGCAGCGAGCCCGACCUGGCGUGGCCGCGGCCCAGCGUGAAGCGCGCCGUGCCGCCGCAGAGGUUCCCCCCCAACAUGGGCACCUACAGGCCAGAGCGGACCGCCGUUCAGAUGGUGAACAGCUGGCCGCAGCUGCAGCCCGUGCAGGUUGUGCAGACGGUCAACGGCGCGAGUCAGAACGCAUCGAGCAAAGAGUUCACAUCCUAUCGGUACGCGACCAACCGCACCGAGACCUUAAAAAGCCCCGUAGCCAUUACAGUCACCGAUGGAGCACCCAAGAGCAAAGCAGAUCCAGGGUCCAACGGAGUGAGUAAAGCUGCAGAUAUGACGAUGAAGGAGGCUGUGGAGUGUCUGUCCCAAAGCCAGGAGACGUAUCAGAGCUGCGGCGCUUCCUACAUCCAGCACAACGCUUUCAUUGACGACAAAGCCAGGGAGGAGGUGGUGAAACUCAACGGGGUCCCUCUCCUGGUGAACCUGCUGCGAAGCCCCAGCUCGCAGGUCGGGCAGACGGCCUCGGCGGCUCUCUGGAACCUCACCUUCCAAAGCGACAAGGUCAAAGAGGCCGUGCAUCAGUGCAACGGCAUCACGGAGGCCGCCGCUUUGCUCAGAGACACAGACUCUGUGGAGACGCAGAAACAGCUGACGGGUCUGCUGUGGAACUUGUCCUCUGCGGAGAACCUGAAGCCGGACCUGCUGAAGAGCGCUCUGCCCGUCCUAAUGGAGCGCGUCAUCCAACCUUUCACCACGGGUUCUGAGCAGACCAGCGGCGUCGGCCGAGACCCCGACGCCUUCUUUCACGCUACGGGCUGUUUGAGAAACCUCAGCAGCGCGAAGCAGAGCACCAGACAGGCCAUGAGGAAGUGCCGCGGCCUUGUCGACUCGUUGGUUCGUUACAUAGGAGACUGUGUGGAGGACGGAAAACCCGACGAUAAGUCCGUAGAAAACUGCAUGUGCGUGCUGCACAACCUGACGUUCCAGCUGGAGGUGGAGGCGCCGGCUCUGUUCAGCAGGAUCACGGCUUUGGCGAAGCACGUCAACAGGAGCAGCAGCCAGGUCGACCCUGGCCCCAUCAGCUGCUUCAGUCAACAGAACAAACCGGCCAACCCCGAGUGUCACUUUGACUUCCCGGUGGUUGAGGACCCGCAGCCCAGUGGAGCCGGAUGGCUGAUCCACUCCAAAACCCUGCAGAGCUACUUGUCCUUGCUCAGCUCCAGCCAGAAGGAGGACACGCAGGAGGCGUGCUGUGGGGCCAUGCAGAACCUCACCACCCACGACAGCAUCGUCUCCACUGUCAUGAGUCAGACCAUUGUGCAGAAACUGAAUGGCUUGUCGCACAUCACUCCCCUCAUAACGUCAAACAAAAUCAACCUGCAGAAGAGCAUAGUGGCUUUGAUAGGAAACCUCAGCAAGAACCGGAACCUUAACAACACCAUCGCUCGUAAAGCUCUGCCAGGGCUGCUGGGUCUCCUCAGCAAAGGCACUGAGGGAGGGAAUGGCUCCGAUGACACCCUGGCCAUGGCCUGCCUCACUGCCAACUCCCUGCUCAUGAAGGAACCGGAGAUGGGCAAGCACCUGCUGAACGACAGGCUGAUAAACUCGCUCAGGGACCUCAGCGUUAAUAACUAUCUUCCCAAAGCCAGCAAAGCUGCAGGCAUGCUGCUCUACAACCUGUGGUCAGAGAAGGACCUGCAGAGCGUUCUCAGGAAGCAAGGGCUGAGCAAGGCCUCGUUCGUCAACGACGUCACCACGGCGGCCAACAGGUCGUUCCACGUGGUCCAGUGACCCGGCGGGAGGUCACGUGGCUCCAACAAGCUCCCCACGCGGACGGGCCGAGGCCCGGCAGCGCCCCUGCUCCUCUCGUAGCCUGUACAGUGCAAAUGCUGUACAUCCUGUACAGUAAGUACCUUCACAUUACGGAGCAAUGAGUGUGUUGGCGUUUUGUUGUUGUUAUUGUUGCCUUCGUGACACUGGAUUUAGAUGUACAUUUUACACAUGUACCCACAUUUUGGAAUCUGGUAGAGAUUGCUUUGUUGGAAAAAAAAGACUCUUUUUGCACUGAAUUUGCAAGUUUAAUAAUUAAUUUAAUUGUCUUUGUUUAACAAUUAUGUAAAAGGCCAAUAGUAAAUGUCUGUAUGUUCUGGUGUUAGAGUUCAUAAGUUUUUAUGUGUAGCAGGGUUUUUCAGGUAUGUGUGUGAUUCUGAAAUGGUGUAAUUGUAUGUGUCAAUAAAGGUGUCAGAACUA